AUGUCUUUUAUCCUCAUGAAGAAAAAGAAAUUUAAAUUCAAGGUCCACUUCGACCUGGAGGAGCUGUCCUCGGUCCCCUUCGUCAACGGAGUGUUGUUCUGUAAAGUGCGGCUCCUGGACGGAGGCUUCGCAGCUGAGUCCACUCGCGAGCCCGUCCAGGCCAACUGCGUGCGCUGGAAGAAGAGUUUUUCCUUCAUGUGUAAGAUGAGUGCCGGUGCUGGGACCGGAGUGCUGGACCCCUGCAUGUGUCGGGUGUCUGUACGUAAGGAACUGAAGGGCGGAAAAAGUUUUGCAAAGCUGGGCUUUGCUGACUUGAACCUGUCGGAGUUUGCUGGAUCCGGCAGCACCGUCCGACGGUGCCUCCUCGAGGGAUACGACACUAAAAACACCAGACAGGACAACUCUAUUCUUAAGGUCGUCAUCACCACGCAACUCAUGUCUGGAGAUCCCUGUUUUAAAACGCCUCCGUCCACAGCCAUGACUCUGGGUAUCACACAUCCUGAAGCGCAGUGUCUCCUUCAAGACAGGAAAGGAGGAGACGUUCACAUAUCGCACUUACUGGCUGAAAUUCCAAGAAAGUCCAUGUCGGUCCCUGAAGGGCUCGUAGCAUUUGGACACUCCAGAACGCCCAGUUAUGCAAGUCAGCAGUCCAAAAUCUCAGGUUAUAGCUCCAACCACUCCAGUUUAACGGACCUGUGCCACCGGCGCAGCGCGUCUGGAGGGUCCGCCUCCACGGGCAUCGGCAGCAUCCUGGAGCCCGGCGAGCAGCAGGGCGAGAGCAGGAUCACUCCUCCGGUCUCCACGCCCGAAAACCCCUCAACGCCCACCAAAUUCAUCAGACACCCCAUGAAGCAGAACUCGAUGGAGAACCAGCUGAAGAGAGUCGACGCCACCCGGGUGGAUGCCGACGACAUAAUAGAGAAGAUCCUGCAGAGCCAGGACUUCAGCCACGGCUUCUUGGACUCCAGUGCAGAGGAGGAGGGGCUCAGCCUGUUUGUCGGUCCUGGUGGGAGCACAGCUUUGGGAAGCCAGCACACGAGGGUCACGCCCGGAGCCUUUGAGCAGGUGGUGAUAAAGCGCUGAGCUGAAGCGUGUGUCUCUCACAAAAAGGGGCUCCAGCUUUAAGGGGGCCAUUAUCAUCAUCAUCUUCAUCAUCAUCCUCAUCCUCAUCCAGGAGUCUCUCUCAAGGAGAGUUAACUGCUUACGUAAUCAAUUUGACCUUUAACCUACUGCACUAGUUAGUCAGGAGCACUCUCUGGUGGUCAAGGAGUGGAACUGCAAGACAUGCUGGAUUAUUUUUAUUAUUAUGAACUAUUGCUGGAUAUCAUAUUCGUACUGUAAGUCUUCUGCUCAGAUUUUUUGAAAAAUUUAAAACCAGUUUAUUCCUGAAUUUGUUUGAUUGUAGGUGACAAACAAAGGACCUCAUGAAUCUGGGUUUGGAUGAUUGAUCAUAACUGACAAUGUUUUAAAAUGUCUUUGUCUUAAAGACAGAUGCAUAUACUGCAUAUACUGUAGAAGGAGGUGGUUUUUUCUGGGGGGUUUCUAAGAGCUUCAGGGGGAAAAAUGCUUUUCUCUGCAUGGUUUUUCUUUUCGGAAGAAAUCAAAAAUGCUGAGAUUUAUUGACACGUGAAAAGGUGGAGACAUAUUUAACGUGUAAGAAGAAAAAAUUCUAUGCACAUAUAUACUGACACACACAUUCAUACACGUGCAUGUAUGGGGAGGAUUAACUAUUGAGUUGUGCAUUGCACGUUGGUGUAGUGGUUAGCACUCCAGGGUUUGAGUCUGGGCUGGACCUUUCUCUGUGGCAUUUCCCAUGUCUGCUUGUGCAUGUGUGGGUUUUCUCCCGAUGAUCCAAUUUCCUCCUACAGUCCAAAGACAUGCAUUUGAGGUAAACUGGUAUCUCUAAAUAUUCCACAGGUAUGAAUGUGUGUUUGCUCUGUUAUGAGCUGCUCACCUGUGCAGCUGGGAUCGACUCCCGUGAUGCUGUCUUGGAUAAAGUGGUGCAGAAGAUGGUUAGAUGAUAAUUAUAUCUCUUUCGGUUCUCUACAUAACUUUUCAUCUCAGGGUUGUGGAGGCCUGACUGUGUGUGAAGUAGCGUUACAUCGUCCAUCACAGGACGAACACAGCGAGGUGACCCAUAGUGCCUGAAAAUCACCCACACAUGCACCGGGAGAACAUGCAAACUGAACACAGACAGGACAAGAACUGCAUCAGGAGUGCAAACCACUGCUCCACUGUGACAAGCACGGGCUUCAUAGUUCAAAUCAAAACUUUGUGUCAGUAACAGAAAAGUGACUGUGUGUGUGUGUGUCUGUGCCUGCGUGCAUGUCUGUGCCUGCAUGCAUGUCAAUGAUAUGAAACUGACUGUGUGUGUGUGUGUCUUCAGUUCACCUGGUUGUGAAGAACAAUGGAUGCGUUCAAAAUGAAGGUUUUCAGUAUCUGAUGUGUGUGAGAUAGUAAUGAAAGUAUUUAUACCAUGUUUUGUUGUUGUAAAUGUGCCAAAGCGAAAUGUGUGACAGCAGCAAAAUGUGUAUUUGCUGCCACUUAAGAAGUUCUCUUUAUAGUUUUUUUUUUUUUUGUAUAAACUAUAUUUCCACUGAAAUGUUUAUAUUCAUGGUCAAAGUUUGAAAUAAAUGCUCAUUCUAUAUUUA